AUGAAUCAUCUCACAGUUCCCGAUAGUCCGCAGCAACAACGUCUGCCCCGAAUGUGGAACGAAUUACGCAAGAAGAGCAUCAGCGAGUUGAGUCUCGUUUUCGAUAUGUUCCGCUCGAGCCCGUCCUCCAGCCAGCAGCAUCUGCACCCAGAUAGGGACAGAGCUUGCCAGUCCACCGGCAAUCUGCCCACUUCGCCGAAAGGACGUCGUCGACGACGAAUGCAACGCACGUGGAAGGCCCUUUCUGCUGCUAACAUUGCUCGACAGUACGUGCUUGGUAAGUUAGCCUUUCACGUGGACUCUCUCCUUACACCUGAUUCAUUACAAAUCAUUGCUUUUCGCCUGCAUCUUGGUGUAAAUGAAUCCAGCUUCAUUACAAAUCUCCUGUUUCCGUUAGGUAAAGCAUUGGGGUGGAAGCAUCUUUCCACUGACAUCAAGCUAUUCUAUCCAUUCUUCUUGUUCUCUUCACCACUGCUGUUCAUAUUCCUGACUAUAUAA